AUGGUGGCGGCGGGGACUUGGGGGCUAGCUGGCUGGCUGGCUCGCUCGGCGCUCGGCCUGCUCGGCGCCCGCGCCCGUGCGGCCUCCACAGGAAGUGCCCAGCCGGCCUCGCUGCUCGUCCUCGGCGGCGGCUCCAGCGGCUGCCACGUAGGCCAAGCCUUAAAGGGGCCGCGCGCCGCCGUCGGCCCGCCCCGCCCCCCGCCCUUAAAGGGGCCGCGUACUGCCUCCGCCUCCAGGCCCUUAAAGGGGCAGUGCGCCGACGCCAACCAGCCCCGCUCCCCGACGACCUCAUCCCUUAAAGGCGCCACGCACAACCACUGCCACCGCCUCCCCACCCUUAAAGGGGCCGCACCCCUUCCAAGCCGUCUCCGCUUCACGCUCCCGACCCUGUGGCAGCCAGAGACCUCCAGACAAGAUACUAUGGAAAAGUACCAGGUUUUGUACCAGCUGGAUCCUGGGGCCUUGGGGCUGAACUUGGUAGUGGAGGAAAAAACCACCAAAGUAAAGCGUGUGAUAAAGAAGGUGGAGUGCAUUGAUGAGCAUCAGGCCAAUGAGGCCCUGGAUGAGCUGAUGCCACUGUUGGAACUCCAGCACGCCCACAUCUCCGUCUACCAUGAACUGUUCAUCACAUGGGACAGCCAGAUCUCCUCACUGUUCCUCUGCAUGGUGAUGGAGUACAACAAGGGAAGCUUGCAGAAUAUCAUUGAGAAGAACCGGAAGACAAAGACUGUCAUCAACUCUGAGUGGCUGCAGAACGUGCUGGGCCAGGUGCUGGACGCACUGGAGUACCUGCAUCGGUUGAACAUCCUUCACAGGAACCUCAAGCCCUCCAACAUCGUGCUGUUCAACAACAACCACUGCAAACUGCAGGAGCUGAGCUGCAACAUGCUGAUGACAGAUGAAGCCAAGUGGAACAUUCGAGCAGAGGAAGACCCCUUCCAGAAGUCCUGGAUGGCCCCCGAGGCCCUCAACUUCUCCUUCAGUCAGAAAUCGGACAUCUGGUCCCUGGGUUGCAUCCUCCUGGACAUGGCCAGCUGCUCCUUUGUGGAGCAUCAGGAAGCCAUGUUCCUGCGGAAGUCACUCCGCACGGUUCCCAACAGCCUGAACGACGUGCUGAAGACAAUGGAGGAGCGGAGGGUGCCUGAUGCCGACACACUGGGCUUCCUUCUGCCGUUGAUGCUCCACGUGAACCCCGAGGAGCGAGUCACAGUGAGGGACGUGAUCCACUAUGCCUUUGUGACCAAGGGCUUCAAGUCCUCGAGCGUGGCUCUGACCCUGCACCGCCAGGUGGUACCCUCGUUCAUCGUUGACAUGCUGACAGGAGGCACGGUCACAAGUAUCCUAGAGGUCAUGCAGAACGUCUCCAACCGGCCCGAAGUCCAGCUCAAGGCCAUCAAGAGGCUCCUGCUCAUGUCUGAAGCUGAGCUAGGUCUGCCGUGGCCCACAGAGCUGGUGGAGGUGGUGAUCGGGGUCCUCAAACAGCAUGACCGGGUCCUGGACAUGCAGCUGUCUGGCUACUCUCUGCUGCUCCGCGUACUCGGCCAAGCGCUGGUGCAGGACCCAGAGGCUGAGGCGCCGUGCAGCAACGCCUUGGUGGCCUCUCUGCUGGGUAUUCUACACUGUCACCCCGACUCGGAGGAGCUCAUCACCAUGGGUUACAGCCUGCUCACCAUCAUUACCAGCCAGGGUGAGUGGACACAGUGCUCAGCUCUGCAGAAGGCCAAGCUGUUUGAGCACAUCCUGGAGCAACUGGACUGUUUCCUGGACAACAGGGACCUCUGUGCCGCCGGCCUGGGCCUCCUCUGGAGCCUCCUGGUGGACGCUGUCCUUGUGGACAAAACCCCCCUGGAGAAGGCCUCAACUCUCGUGGCCCUUGUGAUGACCACCCACUCCAUGGAUGGAGAGAUAGCCGAAGCUGGCUGCAGUGUCUUCUGGCUGCUGUCCUUGUUGGGCUGCAUCAAGGAGGAGCAGCUGGAGCAGGUGACAGGGCUAUUCCUGCAGAGUAUCCGGCUGUGCCAGGUCAGGGUCCUGCUGGUGAACAACGCUUACCGUGGACUGGCCAGCCUCGCCAAGGUGUCCGAGCUGGCAGCCUUCCUGGUGGUGGUGCCUGUGAAGAACGGCAGCGGCCUCGGGCUCCUGAGGGACACGUACCAGCUUCACAAGGAUGACCCCGAGGUGGUAGAGAGCCUGGCCAUGCUGCUGUUCCACCUCAGCUCCUACAGGGAAAUACUGCCAGAGCUGGUGUCCAACGGCAUCAUGACCUUGGUCCGUGAGAUCAAGGGACGCUUCACCUCAAGCCUGGAGCUGGUCGCUUACGCAGAACAGGUGCUCGUGAGGCUGGAGGCAGAGGUGUCCAGCUACCCCCGAGACACUCCUAAAGUUCCGGUGGUCAACGCCGCGGUGCCGCGUCAUCAAGCCCUGUCAUCCCACCCCCAAACUGCACGGGGCUGA